AUGGCUCAAGCCCAAGGCCUCAGCCUCAUCGACGGUGAGUGGGUUUCAAGACCACUCGACCCUUAUCAGAUAAUGGCCAACGCUCCUCGGGAAGACGUUGAAAUGCAGGAUACUACUACCAGGUCGUCAGGUCAGAUACCCGAAUACGGCAUACUGUCGCAGACAGUUGUAGAGACUCCGCUGAGCAAGCUCAUUCUCCCGGCCAACAUACGCCAUAGGGACCUCAUAGAUAUCGUCAUGGUUGGCGAGGACUCUAUACAACUCAAAGAGAUCCGUGACUAUGGCCAUAUCCACCACGUGGCUUCCAAGACUAACUUCAACGGUGGUCGCAUCCUUACUGCCAAGGUUUUUGGUGACCCUCGCGAAAUACCUUCAUACAAAGGUACUGGUCUUCCAUUACAUGGGAACUACAUGAAGCACAUCGCAAGAAAGCCAACAACAGGAGAAGAAGGCAAUAUGCUGCCUCCAGAAGUCAUCGUACUCAGUCUUUCCAACCGAUCAUUAAUGUUCUUAUGGGCACAGCACAGCAAGACAGGUACUACCACUUUCAGCCACAGAAAUGUCAGGCUACCUGCAGGAAGUUCCCGGUUCGAUCGUCUUGGAAAAUUCCUCGCUAUAGAUCCCAAAUGCCGCGCGAUAGCAGUUGCAGCGCACGAAGGGCGCUUCAUCCUAUAUAAGACGAAGCCUAUGGAGAAUUGGAGGAGGCAGGCCAGAGAGGGCAGCGAGAUUACCACGCCUAUCGAAGACGAGCGGAUUAUAUCAAUCGAAGGGCAGAUCAUGCAUAUGGACUUUCUGUCAUCGGGAGGCGGGCAUGACGAUUUUCACGUCGUGUUGCUUUUCGUGGUCGUGUUGGAAGGAAGGACCAGACUUACUUGCUUCGAUUGGGACUGCAGACAAGAUCUUAGCAGAGCAACCCCGCGGACAGAGCGCUAUCUCGUCCAGUUUGAGGACAUGGUGCCUUCUCUGCUCAUUCCUCUUCGUCGUAGUCCCGGUUUUCUUCUGGUUUCAGAUGACCACAUCUCCGUCUACAAGAACAUCCUCUCUGGUGACCCGGCGCAUACCAUAGUACCAAUCGAUCAUACGAUACUCCGGUCUAUUCUACCAGGUGACAGCAAGCAAGCUCCAAAAUGGACGGCUUGGGAUAAGACCCCACGUAAUCCCGAGUAUCAGAAAGAAGCCUUUUACGUGGCCAGGGAGGAUGGGCGUAUCAUCUACGUGGUUCGUGGUCCUUCGGGUACUGUAGAGAUAGAUGAAGCUGGCGAAUGGCAGUGCCGGAUUGACACUGCCUUCUCGUGUGUCACUGUCGGUCGCUCCGAAAUUGCGCAACAACAUCCGGAUCUCCUGAUUGCGGGCGGAGCGAGCAAUGACGGUGUGCUUUGUAAAAUUGGUGCCUGGCCUGCUGAAUACUCAUAUGCAACAAACUCUCCAGACACAAGUCAGUUUUCUGUCGUCGACACGAUACCAAACUGGACGCCUCUCACCGACCUUGCAGUAACUCAGCUUUCCAGUCCACGCGCGCCAGAUGAGCGUCAGCGGUCGUCCGUUUUUGUCGCCAACGGCAACAGACCAAAUGGAGAGAUCUCGGAGCUGAGGCGCGGAAUACAAGCUAUUGUGGAUGACAGUUUCAGCGGUAUCAACGGCUGCGCUGGUAUCUGGGUUGUUGACCAUGGCAGCCACAUGGCAGAAAUAGAAGGCACGAUGAGGAGUCAGCAUUAUGCUAUAUUCGCAAUAACACUUCCGCCGGAGACGCUUGUGAUCCGUGUCGUUCGUACCCAACCCGAGAGCCGUGCGGACUUUUCAGGAGCAUGGGAGCAAGGCUCUUGGGACAAAUUCCAGACGCCUAGCGACGACGAUCCACUCGAAGACGACUUGAUGCGAGAAGUUGAAACCAUCUCGGCUUGUCCUUGGUCUGAUGAGAUAUCGAUUCAGAUCACGAGACAAGAGGUCCGUACACUUCUACGACCGACAUUGAAACAGAUCGAGUCAUUAGCAUUCGAUACUCCACUACUGUUGGCUGCUUCCCAUGCUGGAUCCCCUUUUAUUGCAAUUGCGUCGCGAGAAAGUGGCCGUGCAUUACUAGAGAUCGUACCAAUUUCCAAGAGAGGCAAGUUCGAGCGGUCGAGAUCCUUCAGGCACCAGCUGGAUCACGACCCGACAUGUAUAGAGAUAUUAGAUAUCAACGGCUUCCUGUAUGUCUUUGUUAGCACAUUCGACUCGAAGAUUUUACUCUUCAAGUAUUCGCAUGAUAGCACGUCGAUAGCUUUGGAAGAUUUUUGGACAGAGCACCAAACAUUCCAGAACCUGCAAAAGCUUUGUGAGAGUGCUGUCGUUAUGAGCAACGAGGGCAGAAACGUUCUAGUCUGUGCGAUGCGGGAUGGAACUCUUCUGAGUUCUCACUUGGAGGUUGAUCAUAGUGGAAUUUCACCUCUAUCCUGGAACGCCCUCCGAAUGGGCGAAGCCUCAGCCAAGAUAACACGUAGUGAAACCAACGUUUCAGCGGCAUAUGUGUCUUGUGGAUCAGACUUUUGCCGAGUACGCUACUCUCCAAGCGAAUUCUCUCAUCUUGAAAUCGACUCUAUAUGGUUUACUGACCGCAGUCACCCUGAGUACAACCAAUCUCCAGUGUCAGCUAUAUUCCAGCUGCCAUUCCUCCCGGACCAGAAUGUCUUUGAGAGAAACCUUGGCGGAUUCUUGUUCGCUGUUGCUGGAGACCGCCUUCUUUUCUCGCAGCUCGAUGCGGACGUCAAGUGUCCAACUCCGGAUAUACUCCCACAAGCCCUGCACGACACAAAGGUCGUUCCGCGGAAACUCAUUGUAGGUGCCAAGCCUACCAACGUACUGUUCAUGAAAAAGCUACGUCGAGUACUAGUAUCGACUAUGGAGGCAAAAGAGCGGCGUGGGCCACCACUUGGUGAACGGCUCCUGCAGUCGUCGAUGAAGUUAUUGAGGGUUCGGGACGACAGACCAACCGAUGACAUGGAGAUCAAACAAGAGAUGGAUGCGCCUACAGAACGACUCGUUGUCGCCCAAUGUCCUCUGAUGAACGCCGAAAGGGUAUACUCCAUUGUCGAAUGGCAGUUCGUGAACAAAGAAGGCAAAAAGUACAAUCUCGUCAUCGUUGGAACCGGAAUUCAGACGAGCGCGACUCAGCACAAUGGAAGGAGACUGAUCUUCAACACUGGAAAAUCUGGCUCGAAGCUAGAUUUGCAAAAGCAGUCUACGUACAACGAACCUGUUUAUGGUAUAGCGCUUUGGGAUAGCCAAACCACGGUGAGUAUUGUUGGGAGGUCCUUGUUUAUCGAUCGUUUUGAUGAAGAAGCCGGUCGAUGGUUUCAGCGCGGAAAAACGGAUCUGCAUUCUCCAGGUAUCCAUGUGUCUGUCGUUCGCCCAUUUGUUUACGUUUCGACACUCCAGCACUCGCACCUUUGCUACAAGGUGGUUGAAGCAGCACGACCGGGUACUUUCGAGUUUGUCCGAGAAUUCUCUGAUAGCGGCAUGCGCAACUGCGCGCGACAUCUGGUCGUAGACCUGCCGAACGCAAAGGACAACAGCAGUGACAGGUUUGUGUUGCUUACCGACAAGAAAAGCAGCUCGGUAACGGGUCUUUACCAACCGCCUGUAAUGACUUAUAGCAAUGCGUCGCCGACACUAUUCGAGGCGUGUCUUCCCCGUACAGUAAUUCGUCUCGAUCGCGGUGAUAUCCGUCCACCUUGGCGCCGUCCGAACACUGCGGGUCAAAUUACCGGCAUCAUUGUUGAUGAUAUCAUCGGUGCUUGUACCGAUGGCACGGUCUUCUCGUUAUCCAUCCUUUCUCAGCCUGCGGGUCUGCUCCUGCGGCUGUUACAAAAUCUCAUCGAAAUCAAGGCUAACCGUUCGGGCGCUUACAAACACGAUACGAUCAAUCCCCGCAGCGGGGACAUUUUCAACGUGCUUAUGAGCAACACCACUGGGAACCAACAUGGUGAGAUCUUGGUUAGGGAUGUGGAUCCACGCCAUCUGGGACAAAGUUCGAAACGAGGCCCCAAACAUAAGCAUGUUGACGGCGACUUGUUGAAGCAUUGGCUACAUGAAGGAGGCGAUUUGGAGGUUUUGACACGAGACGAUGUGGACGAAGAGAUUACAGGGUUAUUUGAGGAGCUAGCGCUCGAUGUAGAGCAGAGAUGGGGGGCAAGGAAUCGGGGUGAAGGGAUUGAUCAGCAUAAGAACAGGCGGCUUUGCGAACAUGUGAAGAGAUGGAUGAGCGAGGUGCUGAUGCCGGUGUUGUAA